AUGGAGCGGCGGGUGGCGCGGGAGUUCAGGCACAAGGUUAAUCUUCUAAUUGACAAUGAAGCUGAGAAGGAUUACCUUUAUGAUGUGCUCCGGAUGUACCACCAAUCUAUGAAUCUCCCGGUGCUGGUGGGGGACCUAAAGCUGGUGAUCAAUGAACCAAGCAGACUGCCUCUCUUUGAUGCUAUCCGCCCCCUCAUCCCCUUGAAACACCAGGUGGAGUAUGAUCAGCUUACACCCAAGAGAUCACGAAAGCUGAAAGAGGUAAGAUUGGAUCGUUUGCACCCUGAAGGACUUGGAAUAAGUGUGAGAGGUGGUGCGGAAUUUAGCUGUGGCCUUUUUAUCUCCCAAUUAAUUAAAGGAGGACAAGCUGACAAUGUUGGUCUUCAGGUUGGAGAUGAAAUAGUUCGUAUAAAUGGAUAUUCCAUCUCCUCCUGCACACACGAGGAAGUGAUAAAUCUCAUCCGCACAAAGAAAAUAGUGUCCAUAAAAGUAAGACAUGUUGGCAUGAUACCUGUCAAAAGCUCAGCAGAUGAACCUCUUAAAUGGCAAUAUGUGGACCAGUUUGUGUCGGACUCUGGGGGCAGUGUUGCUGGUCUUGCUUCAUCUGGAGGGAGAAACAGUAAAGAGAAGAAAGUCUUCAUUAGCCUGAUCGGUACAAAAGGCAUGGGAUGCAGUAUUUCCAGUGGCCCAACACAAAAACCAGGCAUUUUUAUCAGCAAUGUGAAGCCAGAUUCUCUUUCAGCAGAGGUGGGCUUAGAGGUUGGUGAUCAAAUUGUAGAGGUAAAUGGAGUGGAUUUUUCUAAUGUGGAUCAUAAAGAGGCUGUCAGAGUGCUAAAAAGCAGUCAUACCUUGACUAUCUCUGUUGUCGCGGGAGCUGGAAAGGAGCUGUUCAUGACCGAAGAAGAGAGGCAGAGAGAAGCACGUCUGCGUGAGCAAGAACGCCAGGAGUUAAUGCACCAGAAGCGCCUUGCGCUGGAGACGAACAAAAUCCUCAAAGAGCAGCAAGAGAAAGAGAGAUUAAGAAAACUGGAGAUUUCCCAGAAGGCUGCAGAGGAAGAAGAAAGAUAUCGCAGAGAAAUAGAGCAGAUAACAGCUGAGGAAGAGAAGUUUAAAAAAGAGUGGGAAGAAGACUGGGGACCUAAAAAGCCUCCCAAAUCUCUAAAAACAGUAACGGCAGAAGUGCACCCUGACCCUUCUUCUAAACACAAAAAAGAUUUAAAGGGAAUUGCAUAUGACCAACUUGCAGCAGAUGAAAUGGAUGAAGGGAUCAUGAAGCAGGAUAAACAGGGCUUUCAAAAGUAUGUGGAAGAUUUUGACCCAUGUUCAAUGUUUACCCCAGAACAGAUUUUGGGAAAAGAUGUACGGCUAUUACGCAUUAAAAAGGAAGGAUCACUAGACCUUGCAGUCGAAGGAGGGAUUGAUUCUCCAAUUGGAAAGAUAGUCGUGUCUGCCAUCUAUGAGGGUGGUGCUGCAGACAAACAUGGAGGUAUAGUGAAAGGAGAUGAAAUACUGGCUAUAAACGGCAAGAUUUUAGUUGAUGACACGCUGGCGGAAGCACAGGCAACUCUAGCAAAAGCUUGGAACAUGGGAGGGGAUUGGAUUGACUUAGUCAUUGCAGUGUCACCUCCAAAAGAAUAUGAUGAUGAAAUGACUUUUUUUUAAAAUAAAGAAGGCCACAUCAGAGAAAUGAAGCCUUUUCCUUGUGGAACCCUGAUGCUCUGUAAAUUAAUCAAGGCAGCAGCUGUGUAGAAUCCAUCUUCAUUUGAAAGAAAUAUGAACAAUCAGAUCUGAAAAAUGGAACUAGAGACUUGAGCUUCUUCAGGUAAUUUGAGUAACUGCAAAUCUUUCUAUAAACAUACAGCAAUAGAUUGAGACCACUGAGAGAGUCUGCCAAUGAGCUGCGUUUGGUCUGUGAGAAGUCAAAGUUUUCCUCCAUUUUGGAGGGCCAAAUUUUGCAAACUGUCUUCCACUUUUCCUAGGAAUGGACACCAGAAUGACAAAAGUAAUUUGAAUACAGAUGCCUGUUUCCUUGUACAACAUUUGUGAUUACAUGUGUACAGGCUAGCUCGGGUGGCAAAGGAUUAUAUUUUUACUCUGUAUGUAUUUUUCCAUGGGGAAAURGGGAUGUAUAUGGGGAUGUAUCUGUUCUCUCUAAUCUUCCUGCAGGUCUCUAAUGUUUGAUUCUGUGACCUAUAUAUUGUGUGUGUGCUAGUAUUUUUGGUGAUGCUUAUAUUGUAUAAGGGAUCUUUUCUGCUAGCAAAAUAAAUUUUGUCCAUUUUCCUUAACUAGCAAGUAUUCCAGAUAAAAUCAUUAUAUGCUGUUGCAUUUAUACUUCUCAGUCUUCAUACUAGUCAUGGAGAUGGCUCCUGCAGUGAAAAACACUGAGUGUGAUUCACAGUCUGUACUUAGGUACUUUGUUCUCAGUGAAACUGUUUACAAAAGUAAACUCUAUAGAAGACACAAAUUAUAAAACUUUACUAUCAGGUGCUACUUGUCUUCUGCUUAUCUAACGCCCUCUAGACCACAGAAUCUAUAUUAACCYAUCUUCAUCAAGUAAGUCUGAUUAAAACUGUAGACUUAGUCACUUCUUUAUAUUAUCAAGAGCUGUCUUUGGAAAUGUGAUUGUAUUCCGUAGAUAAUAAUACCUAAAGAUAUACACAGAUAUAUAAGUAAUACAAGCCCACCAAAACUUUAAAAAAUAAAAAAAAAUAGGUUCAAGCUAAUGCUGUAUUUAACAUUAAUUGGCCAUAAAAUCUGAUCUAUUCUACACCCUGGAGUUCUAGAUAUAGAAGGCAAGAAACAAAGUGUAGUAAUUUUGUUAUAUAAUCAGAAGAAUGUUUUCAUAAACCUCUUGAAAUACCAGACUUCAGAACAGCUAUGCAAAGGCAUUGUAUUUGCCAGUUUGUGUAGUGGUCUUUAUACUAUGUUUAGCUUUUUCUUAUCUGGGCUAAUGAGAGCAAAAGUUUAUAUUCCUCUGGCAUACCAAGUUCCCACUGAAGCUGUCUUACUUUCUCAGCGCUGGCAAAUCCUCAUUUUUGUGACACAAAAAAAAUAGCAAAUACAUUUCUGAGAACUCUCUACUUCUAUGGAAAUG